AUGCCCAGCUCGCACGUCCUCCCCGAUGAGCUUUGGGCCGCCAUUUUCGGCGGACUGUCUGGGUUCACUGCGACGCACCACCAGCUGGGCAAUCACAUCGUCGAGUGCAAUGAGGACCUGACCAAGGCUUCCGUGACAGCCAAAGUCGCGGCUUUCCACUCACUAGAGCAGGAUGGCAUCGUAUCGAGCGUCACCGCGUAUGUCGACGAGACGAUGGACUUUGAGAAGUGGCAGGGAAAAUGGGUGCUUCGACGGGUCAUGUUGGAGAGAAGCGUUCCGCUCGAAAAUGAGACUCUUUUUUUAGUUGCACGCGAUAAGGCGGAAAGAGGUGACGGCCGCACAGAGGCGUCUGUAUCUGCCAUGGCAGAAGUCUGA